GCUUCCAAACAAAAACAGAACCAGACCGUUCCAGGUGUGUAUUUACCCGGUGUGACACUUUUACCUGUCCUAUUACACUUCUUUGAUCUCCAGAGUGUAUGUAUAUGCAUAAGUAUAUAUGUGUGUAUUGUUGAGCACAACGUAAUUACAGCAACGUCCGGGAGUGAUGGUGCUGGCCAUUCUUAUACUGCGUAUUCACGGUGUUAAAACCAUCUUCCUUGUUCUUUGUUAGUGACAACACCUAUCUAUGAAGAUGCAAGAUCACACGGUCGGCUGAAGUUCGUCAUAUACAUACAUGCCUGUUUGUAACCAUAUCCCUUCACAGGCCUAUAAGAUCGCCUUUAGCGUCAUGUUCCUUGUAAGGGAGAGCUGAUCAGUCUCCACGCGUCAGUACAUUAAACUAAGGUGAGCAACGAUGUCGACGUCAGAGAAGAUCGUCACCAAUGGGACGGGCGCGGCGCCAAACGGGUUCCACAAAGAGCGGAAUUCUUCAGAAUCGGAUACGGACGACGAAGAGGAUCAUCGCUGUGGAUAUUGUGGUUAUCGUCCAGCUUGGAUGCAGGUUUUUAAUAACCCCAAAUUUCUGUGUGUGCUGCUGAGUGCGUUUGCUUUCAUACAGAGUUUUGUCGUCAAUGGAAUUAAUAACGUUAACACAACUUCAUACGAGAGGCGGUUUGGACUGAGCAGCUCCCAAGUCGGAAUAAUCUCAAGUGCUUAUGACAUCUCGGCAGGUGUUGUAGUCUUGCCAAUCACGUACCUGGCGUUAACUUGUCACAAACACACCAUACUGGCUAUAGCUGUAGGAGUUAUGGGCCUUGGUUCGUUUCUGAUGUUACUGCCUCAAAUUUCAACGGGACCGUACGAAUGGGGUCAAGGGGCAUCGGCCAUGUGCACAACAGCCAACAGUACAGCCUGUCCCCAGGUCCCCAGCGAUCUAUCCAAUUACCUGUACCUCCUCAUCGCGGGUCAGCUUCUGCACGGUGUGGGCGGAUCUACAAUUUACAGCGUAGGCAUAUCCUGUAUGGACGACUGUGUGCCGACAAAAAGUGCGCCUGUUUACGUGGGUAUAUUGUACGCCUUCAGUGCUCUAGGACCUGCGGCAGGGUACAUGCUAGGGGGAUAUCUCCUCGACAUUUAUGUAGACUUCACCAGUGUGCCCAGUCCUCUGCUGACGUCAUCGGACCCCCGAUGGGUAGGGGCUUGGUGGUUAGGCUUUAUCCUCUCCAUGACAUUAGCCUGGCUGAUGUUCCUCCCGCUCUUGGGUCUCCCUCGUGAACUUCCUGGAACUAAACAGGUCAAGGCCAGUCGUGUCUCAGAGGCGCAUCAAGAUGGAAGCGAGGAAAAACAUCUAGGAGCAUCUUUCAGAGAAUUCCCCAAAGUCACCUUGAUGUUGUUAAAGAACCCGACGUUUAUGUUGACAUCACUGGCGGCUUCGUCGGAGGGCAUCCUCGUCAGUGGAUUCGCAACAUUCAUUCCAAAACUGAUCCAAAAUCAGUUUGGACAGACGGCUGGAUUCUCUGCCAUUUUGACUGGUGUAAUGGCGGUUCCGGGCGCUGCCGGAGGGUACUUGUUAGGGGGUUAUUUGUGUAGGAGGUUCAAGUUAAAAAUUCGGGCUAUUUUACGGCUGUGUGCUUUGGCUUGUCUGAUCUCCGUGAUCGCAGCUGCCACGAUGUGGGCACGCUGUGAACAGACCAAGAUAGCCGGCGUCACCGCCUCCUACGAUUACAGUAAGGCUGUAUUGUCCAUACCUAAUUUAGACUCCCCCUGCAACACUGAGUGCGGGUGUACCCAGGAGAGCUACACGCCGGUUUGUGGCGCUAACGGACUCCAGUACUUCUCGCCCUGUCACGCGGGAUGCUCCGAGAGCAUUGGUGAGAACUACACCUCGUGUGCCUGUGUGAACCGGACGUCCACAUACAACGAGACAGCCGUGGGCGGAGUCUGCGACACGUCUUGUCCCCUCCUCUACGUCUUCCUCCCCAUCUUCUUCAUACUGAUGGUUGUUACUUUUGCUGCAGCCACGCCCACCACGAUGGCAACACUGCGGUGUGUUCCUCUUUCACACAAAACGUUCGCUUUGGGUGUACAGUGGGUUUUUGCGCGAUUUUUAGGCACUGUCCCGGGACCCAUUUUCUUUGGCGUCAUUAUCGAUAGCGCAUGUGUGAUCUGGAAACGAAGUUGCGGCAGUGCCGAAAACGAGUCUUGCUGGAUCUAUGACGACUAUGCCAUGAGUCGGAACUUUUUUAUUGUCGCAAUCGGGGUGAAAAGCGUAUCGACUUUCUUCUUUGUCGUUGCGUCUUUUGUGUACAAAGCGCCUUACACGCAUAAAGUGGAGGAUACUAAGACUGAGAAUACAGAGGCAGAUUACCAAAGUACACGUGGAACUAUUCCUUUGACUGAAACCGGUGUUUACCGGAAAUUGAAGAGUGAAAGUGAAACUAGAGGGCAAGAUAAUCCGGCGUUGGAACCUUAAUUAUUUAAGCAACGUUCAACGACAAUGUGUGGAUGCACUAUUCAGUGAAAGCUAUCCAUAGUCUUGCAAGUCAGUGGGCAGUGGGCAUUGAGUUUAAUAUGUUGCCUAUAUGUCAAUCAGCAAGAUAUCCUAGUGCGCAUGACAGUAAUGUUUUCGCAGCGGAACAAGCAAACCCAUGUGACUGACCCACAGAGAGCGUUGUAACGUUCGACAAUGACUCAAAAAAUUCACCAAAUUUGAUGAAUUUUAAUGAGACACCUGAAACUUUACAAUGUCAGAUGUGUAGUUUCAAGUACAAAACUGAGAAAAAUACACAUGAAGAUGUGAAACUGAGCUGAAUCUGGAGGUGUGCGAUGCUGUAGCGUCGGUAAAGAUCGCCAAUUGCUCCCGUUUGUCUCAUCCGCUUUUUAAUGGGCGCAUAAAACUGUUAAUCUGGCUAAUUUACUAUAUUUACAAUUACCUAGUUGACGAGGUAUGAAGGAACCUCAGUUUACGCGCGACGACGUCGAAGACGCGAACCUUUGAUCAGUGUAAAGGUGAAUGCUUUGCGUUAGGCGUGAAAGGCGGGAUCAGGAUUAAUAUACAUUUUCAUUGUGCUCUGAGACUGAGGGAUUAUCUCUCUUACAUAGUCAUUGCACCUUGCUUUUCGAGAAGACAUCCAGAAAGGAUAGUCAUACUUGUUGCCGCGUGUGCAGGAUCACAAGCGUUAGUCUGCAAACAAUGGGAAUUCAUAUAUCAGUAAAUAGUGGUUUGAAAUCCAGCAAAUGAUUUUAAUGGAUAACCAAAGUGUUUGAGGUUAUUCAUGGGUCACGUG